CUACAAUUAAAUACAUUUAUUGAGGCUAGGUGUCAAUGUCCCAAAAUACGAGGGAGAGUGUUUGGGCUAUCAGCAAGGCUAGCAUCCCUUUUUAUAGAGAUGGCAUCACUCCAGGAAAAGAAGAGGGCUCUAAGUGGGUACAAGUGGAGGGACUGGUGGAUAAAUUGAGUGUGUCAAUAUCUGGCACUGUGUGGGCUAUAAUGCAUGACAAGUUAUUCUACCGGUCUGGAGUUACACCGAACAGCGAGCAAGGUUCCUCCUGGACGGCUGUAGAGCACGACUUUAGUACCGACAUGCUGGAGGCAGGGGGGAGUUGUUUGUGGGUGUAUGGCAGGGAUAACAUGUUACACGUGAGGACUGGUAUGGGCUUCCACUCCAGCUCCGCCGGGAUUACUAGGAUAGGUUCAGGCUGGACGUCCACUCCUAGCCCUACCUCCCCCUCUGGCGUAACUGACAUGGCCAUCACGUCACAGGACGAUCUGUUCGUCCUGACAGAUGACAACAAGUUGUUCAAGAGAGACGGGUGUACCCAGAGUUGUCCUGAAGGUGUUAGUUGGGCCAAGUGCGCCCUACCAAGAUUAGGAGGAGGUGGGUUCCUUGGUUUAGGAGCUGCCCCAGAGGUUAUCAACAUAGCAGGGGGACUGGAGCACCUCUGGGCAGUAACUGACAGUCACGAGGUUUGGAGAGCUCCUUACGCAGGAAUUAUAACAGAAAGGAGCUGGGAGAGGAUACAUGGCCAGAAGAUGGUCUACGUAUGUCCCAGUAUGUGUGACAAGGAGAUCACAUGGGGUAUAAACAACAGAGAUCAGAUGUUCGUCAGAACAAGUCCUCAAGUCGGCCGUUACGAGUGGUUACGACAAGGUACCAUCAUGUUCAGAACUGUAACUGUAGGAGUAAUGUUGAACUACACUAUACCCUCUGAGCAACCCAAAGCAACUCUUCAGCGCAUGUCCAGCAAUGCUGGCCUUCUAGACCAGCCACGUGAUGAACUUAAGGUGACUGACAUGCCCUUCAAAAUAGAGCAGUGCGACCAAAUGUCGGAAGACCUCCUAAACGCUCUCGUAAUCCCAGUCUUGAGUAAAACAGAGGUACUACAAAGAUUUACCUACGACUUCACUACUGAAGAAACUGUUCUGAGUGAUGGAGUGCGAUAAUUUUUGUGUGGGAUGUUUGGUGAGUGGACUGAUAAUAAGUGAUCAUUAAUUGGUCGAAUGAUAAUUGAUGUCAGUUCGAAGGAAAUGAUUUUGUAAAUUUGACAUUAAAUCCAUUCAAUGAAAACUCGAGUUUAUCAAUUACGCAACUACAUGUAGAUAGAAGUAAAUAAAACUGAAUUGGUUGUUUCGAUUUUUGAUUAAAUUGAGGUUUGUUAUUUUAGAAAGUAAUGGUAAAAGUAAGUAGACACCAAGGCACUGAUUUAUAAGGUUAACAUUUGUAUUCAAUUGCUGUAUCCUAGCCUGCCCCUCUGAUUUUUAUGUAGAGAAAAUUUGAAUUCCAUAGAUUUUACCCCUUUUACUACUUACAAGCAGUGGCGUAACGUUGCCUGUUGGCACCCCACGGCCCACACCCCCUCCCCGCUGAAAAAGCGCCCCCUGUUGGCGCCCCCUCCCCUUUUGGCGCCCUUCCCUAAAAUCGAACAAAUUAUAUGAUUUUAGAGGAUACGCCGGUAAAAUCUCUA